GUCAACGGUAAAAUAUUAUUUUUCUGCAUCGCGAACAGCCGUGGCCAAAUCGCGGGAAUCGCAAUAUUCGGGAUCGCCGGACGGCCUAAAACCCCUAGUUAGUUUCGUGAUACCCGUGACCCGCCGGUGGUGACGACAUCGUACGCGAAGAAUGUAAAUAUUUUGGUGCCCUCCGCCGACGUCUUUUCGCUGCUGAACGCGUAAUCCGCGGUGGUGCGAGCGCUGGUGGUGAAAAGUGGAAAGUGCACAGAGUGAAAAAUCGGGCCGAGCUGCCGAGGAAGGAAAGAAAUCCUACUCCCGCGACGGCGAGUGUGUGAUAAAUCGUGUGGUGCGUGCGUUUGGCGUGAUUAGUGCGAAGAAAAUAUGAAUUAAGUGCUGGAAAGUCCGCGGAGAAAAAGGGCCGUCGUGACCUUCGAGUGCAAAGUCGAGUGAGAGAAGGUGCCCACACGGCGGUCCAAAUUGUUCGAGUCAGCAAACAGUGGUGAUCCCGCGAGCCCCAGCGGAUAAUCGGAAGCGAGCAAUUGGCCAGGACCAUCUGUCCGGCCGUUCGAGUUCGAGGUGGCCACAUCUGCCGGGGCCAGUGUCGUCUGGUGGCGGAGACGCCAUUUUAGAAUUGAUUUAUAAAAAAGUGAAGUUUUGAGCGCUGGCCAAUCGUUCUACGCGAGCGGACGGCGGCCUUACUUGCGUGCUCUCACGCACACAACGACAAAGUGUGCGUGUGUGUGUGAUUUGUUUUGUUUCGUAAGGCCGCGCGCUGCCUCUCGAUUUGUUGAUUGCCACGAAGAGAAGAAGUUCCCUCCAAAUUCGGUCCCGUACUGCAGCAGCUGUGGCAACACGCGAAAGCGCCGUUAUCGACACGUUCGCUGCGUAAACCCCGACUGCUCGGGAUCCUGGAAUAUUCAACGGCGUGGAUCCUGGCCCGGUUGAUAUCGGCCAGAAGCCUUCUGACGUGGAGGGCUGUUCGGUGGUUCUACGGUACCCUUUAACCCCCGUUGUUGUCUAGAUUAGCGCGUUGUCAUCGCGCCUGACAUCGCAUCAAAACAGGCGCCACCUCCUUCGGCAACAGCGUGUCGUGCGUAAAUUAAGCCAGCAACGGCAACUGCGUCGCAAUCAACGGCUACUACCAGCUGGAAGAAGAAGAAGAAGAUCACAUCGGUUUUCACACCUACUUCGUUCGCAUGAUGCUUUCAACUAAUUAUGGCUUAACGUGUCACUGAGCUCUCUCCUGUCGCUCACCGCUUGCUUGGGUGCGCCCAAGCAAAAACAAAACCUACGACAUCGGGCGCCCCGAAGCAGCACGCAUUGCGCGUACUAUCGAUGCAAAAUGACUACCUUGAAAAGUAGCUCGGCGGACGCUAAUCCGGCCGACAAAAACAAAUCCCCGCUCUCGUCAUCAUCCUCAUCCUCGUCGUCGUCCGAUUCGGACGAUGGGUCCGAUUCGUCUAGCGAUUCGGAUUCUUCGUCGGCGUCUACGAGCAAGGCUAGUAGCAAGAAAAGCAACAACGUCGUUCCCGCCGAUAAGCCCCAACAGUUUAGCGUGAUGAGUUCCGACAGUGCCGGACUUCGAAUGAAGAUAGCCAUUCCUCGAAGCCAAUCAAGCAAUACGCCGACGCCUUCCCCAACGAUCAGUGGGUCACCUGGACCGCUACUAAAUCAACAGCGUAUACCAUCGCCAGGAAGUGGUGAAAAAAUGCAAAACAAAACCGGUGAAGAUGGUAGCGCCAGCGUAAAUAUCAUAAACAAAGGCGGUGGAUCGCAGAGAGAAGGUACAUCCGGUGGUAAGAGUGUCAUGAAGGAAUCGACAAGCGCUGGCGCGGCUCGUGCUGGCCAUGGUGACAAGCCACAUCAGCAAUCUCAUCAUCAUCAUCAUCAUCAUCAUCAUCAUUCAUCCGGAAGACCGGUCGAAGGACGGAAGCAGGGAGCGAGCGAGACGCGAAGGCAAAAUCAUCCGGAAAAGGAGGGCCCCAGACCGACGGGCCGUGUUCCGACGGCCGGGCAACGGAAGAAGAGCGUUAGUGAAAGUGAUUCGAGCUCUCCCAGCUCGUCCUAUUCAUCCUGCAGCAGCAACAGUGAUAGCGAGUCUAGCAGCAGCGAUGGUGAGCAUAAAUCACAGCAUUCGGGCACCAAAAAGGCGAUCCGAAAGAGUGCCACGGGUACCCCUCGGCCAGGGAUGACACAUACAGCCAAGAGCGCCGCAACUGUAGCAAAGAAGCAAAAGAUGCUGAAACGAAAGAAGGCAAGUCAAAAUCUUUCAUCGAGCAGUAGCGACGAGGAGGACGAUAAGCCAGCGAUAAGUGGCGGAAGUAGUCGCGGUGCCAGAAGCAGCCGUACAAACGAUACCAGCGACACGGAAUCAAGUUCAUCCGAGGUGGCGGUGAAAGGAUUCGCUCAGCAACCGAAAGGAGCUAAGCAAGCGAGCAAAGGUGGCGAGUACGCAGCGAAGGAAACUCUUCUCACGUUGGCAGGUCCUCCAGGCAGUGACAUGCUCAGUAUGCUUAGUAGGCCACCUCUAUCGACAUCAACACCCGCCAAAUCGUCGUUCAAUUCAUCGGGAACGACAACCACCCUACUGACAGCGGCUGGGACAUCAACCAGUGCGGACGAUGUGCUGACGGCCGAUGCGGAAGGUGGCUUUUGCUCCAGUGACAAUGAUUUACCCGCGCUGGUUAGUGCCGCUAUCCGACGAGUAGAAAGUGGAUCCGACGCGGAAAGUAUCCGGGGGCUCUCGGCUCCAACGCAGCAGUACACGUCGAGCUUGUUACGGGAUUUCGUGGUUAAAACACAAAUGCUCGGCUCCGGGGCAAGUGGUGCAGGAACAAGCUCAGCGGGUAUUCUCGGAGGUAAUGGAUCAGUCGCUACUGCAAUGGCGGCCGGUGGACCUCCGAUGAUCGGUGGUGGUGGUGGUGGUGGUGGCGGCCGAUCACCUUCUUCGUCGUCAUCAUCCUCAUCCUCUUCGGGGUCCUCCUCUUCCUCGUCAUCGUCAUCGAUGGAGGAAAGUGCCGAUCCGGUGAUAGGGAGUGCUGGCCCGGGACCUGGUGGAGGUGCCGCGGUAGAGCUGGAUAUUCGCAAAAUCAAGACUGAAUCACCAGUACCUUUGGCUGGAGUUGGUGGUCGCAAUACGCCUCUCCUGAAUGGUGCUCCAUCGGUGGAUCGGACGGCAGGACUCUCCUCGUCCGCCGUUGCACCGAUCGCUGCUCCACCGGUCGUACGACGCCGUGGUCGUCCACCGAAAUCGAGCCUAGCGGCUACAGCAAAUGCGGCUGCAGCAGCUGCUGCUGCGUCGAAGGCAGCCCUACCCGCCAUACCAACGGUUAGCGAAUCACCGGAUUCCGGUAUCCUUUCCACGCGCAGCUCGAGCGGUUCACCUCGAACGGAAAAACCGAAACUGGGCGCAGGACAUUCAUCGGCAAUGGCUAGCAGUUCUUCGCGCCGAAGCAAAUCCGAGGUACGCGAUAGUAGUAAUGCCGGAGGCCAUGCAUCGUCGUAUGCGACCGCUUCUAUGCACAUGCUGCCCUUGGCAAGUGGCCGCAGUGCUACUAGUGCCGGCUAUUCGCUCUCUUCCUGCCUCGAUCGUAAUACGUACGCAACGGAACGGGUCCUCUAUCCACCGCGUGCGGUCAAGAAACGUGGUGUUGGACGACCGCCCAAGAAAGAUUCAUUGGCAUACCAGCAGCAACAACAACUGCUACUGCAGCAGCAACAACAACAAGCGGGACACUCGGAAGGUCAUCUGGAUCCGCACUGGCAGAAGAUCGAUAUAAGCAAAAAGUUCCACGAACCACGACUCAGUGGCUACAAGAGUGAUGGUGGUCACUCGACGAUUUGCUGCAGCAAGCGGCUUGCCUCACAAAGUGGCUACAUCAGCGAUUAUGCGGGUGUUGCUAGCGGUGGUGCCGGGCGGAGUCGUUUAUCGGGCUACAAGUCCGAUUACAGCUCCCGUUCGCGGCGCAGCACCCGUGGAGCUGGUGGCUAUCGCAGUGAUUAUGGACGUGCGAGAAGCUGUGGCUACAGAAGCGACUGUAGCACCCGGCAUCGCAAGCAAGUUCGACGAAAAAGGCGAAAGAAGAUCCCGACCGAUCAGCAGAAUCAGCAACAGCAACAGCAGCAUCUUAAUAACAAUGUUAACGAUCGAAAGAACAACAAUAGCGCGAUGGGUGGCAGUGGUAGCAAAACGUCGAGUGUGUGUGACCUGGACAUAAUGCUACUGGCCGGUUUAACGCUGGGUAGUACGAGCGAUGAGGAUAGCUCCACUACAACCAGCAGUACGAGCAGUGAAAGUAGCAACAACAGUCGUGAUUCCGUUUGCUCGGCGCUCUCCAGCGGUGAACAGGCGAAGGGAGUAGCAAAGGAGGGGACGAAGAAGCCAAACUGCGUAGCUGUGACCAGUAAAGCGAGAACGAGUGGUACCACUCCAGUAACAGUCCCCAAACAAACGCAGAAAACUCCACGAAAGCCAGCGCCAUCUUCACUACCAGCACAACCGAAGGGUGCUGGUAGGGGACGUGGCCGGAAACCGGCCAUCGUGGCCAGUGACGAGGAUGUAGAAGGUAGCGAAUCAAAACGGCGAUCACAGGCCGAUCGAAGGUAUACUCCAACGAUCACCACCGAUCGACAACUUGCGUUGAAGCUUCAGCAGCAACAGCAACAGCAGCAGAAGCUUCCCGGAUCAUCAAUUGCAGCGACUGCUUCGGCGGCUUUGAAACAAAAAUCAUCCACUCCCGUUCCGGUGAAGAAACCUGGCACACGAGGGCGGCCACCGUCGGCGAAGAAGUUGCUUCAGCAGAAGCAACAACAGCAGGAGCAACUUCUGGAAGCCGCUAAGGGUACAUCAGCUUCUUCUUCAUCAAUCACACCUAGCAGCACCAUGAUGGCCGAUUCUGGCGGCGCACGUAGUGGACUGGAAGCACUGCUUGCACCGAGCAACAGCCAAACGACGGCAAAGCCGAUCGUGCCCGUCAACAACUUCAACCAAGUGUUUAGCUCGAUGCAGAACGGUAAGGCAGGGGUUGGCGGAGGCAUCUACAGCUUCUCUAGUUCCACCGUCGGACCGAAGAAUGCCUUCGCUGCCUAUCUGCUGCGUGGUGGCAGUAGUAAUACCGCGGAAGCCGGCAACGGAAAACUCCCCAAGAAGUUGCCUCUCUCGAGGGCGAAUGUCAUCAAAAACUCCGAAGAAUGCAAUCGAAGGUUCCAGAAGUCGAGCUCCUCGUUUGCCCUAUCCGUCGGAGGAGCGGCAGGUGGUGGUGGUGCAAGUGGAACUGGGAUCGGAAGUUUGGUUGGAUCGAUCGAUCUGCUAGCACGGAUAGCGGACGGUACGAUUCCAAAGGCGUCACCGGCCAAAUCGGUUUGCUCGAAGCGCAGCCGACGGAAGAGCUGCAUGAGCGAUCGUUUGGAGUCACUAUCGGUCAAGAGCUACGGUGUGAUUGGCAGCUGUUGUAAGAUCCGGCAGCGACGGUUGAGUACGAUGAGCCGUUGCAGUAGCCGGUCGGCCGGUUCCAAGCAUGCCGCUGCUCGGCGUCGAAGGAAAAAGCGUCUACGAUCGGUCUCGGUCGCUCCGGGAACACUAACAUCCACUGGUGCAUUACCUUCGGGUGCUGGUACGGCUGCGUCAGGUGGUCAGUUGGGUGGUUCCGAUGCAAAGAUCAACGUCGAGAUCGAACGAUUGAGUGAAUGUUUCAGUGGCUUGUGUCGCAUCGUGGGUAGUGACAGUGUUACGAGUGGACAAACAACGGACGAUACCCAUCCGGUUGUCGGUGGCACCACCGGUGGAACAGGGACGGUUGCUGCAGUACCUUCUUCCUCCUCGGGGAAGGCACAUCAAACGAAACGCUCUGUGAAGAAGAGAAAAGGUUCGGAGCAUGUAGAGUCGCCCUCGACCGCAGGUGAUCGUGGUUCAGCGGGUACCGGUGGUUCGAGUGGUGGUGGAGGAACGGGAGGAACCGGUAAGCGGCGUAACAAAAAGUCUGGCCUUCCCACACAAAGUCCCGACGAUCAUAAGCUGCCACUGAAGAAGCGACACUAUCUGCUGACCCCGGGCGAAAAAGGUAACAAUAGUGACAACAACAGCGGAGUUGACGAAGCGAAGGGACAUACUAGUGGCAGUGGAGGAACGCCCAGCGGACAGGAGUCACUUCUUGUUGGAGGAACGGCGCUAGUUGCCGGGGGAAGCCAUACGGUAAUCAAUCCCUGUGCAUUCGGUAAUGGACGAAUUUCGGCCAACUCGGCGGCGGCGGCAGCCGCUGCAGCCGCAGCAGCAGCAGGAUCGUCUCUUUCAGGCACAGCCACUAAGGCCGUAACACCGAAGAAGCGCCAUCUGCUUAAAUCUCCCGAACCGGGACCGAUUCCCGUGGACGAGCUAAACCUGCAGCAGAUCAAAUCGAGUGACUCACCACUCACUAUCGUUAAUGGAGCGAUCGGAUUGAUGGCCGGUGAGUCUACGAGCCAUUCUCCAACGGGAGCGGCUAGUGCGGGGUCCACAGGAGCAACAGCACCAACGAGCACCGCUGGUGGCAAGAAGAAACAUCAUCACCGGCAGCACGAUUCAUCAUCGAAGGAACGUCACUCGCAGUCAUCGCUGGCUGGAACGGGAGCAGCAGCAGUUGGCUCAGGAGCGAAUCAAGCAUCGAUCGAACACCGAUCGACGCCUCCAUCACGCCCCUCGGUCAUUCAAUCAUCCUCCAUGUCCAGUACUGUCAGUGCUGGUCCACCUCCCGGAGUGUUCGAGCCAACGGUUGACUUAGAGCUGGUCAUUCCAUCCGCCUCCAUUCCCUCGCUGAUCGCCAAGGUGGAAAUGUUGGACUCACCGCGUCUCACGCGGGAUGGCAGUGGUACGUCCGGUGCCCCCACUCCCGCUUCCGCUAGUGCCAUUGCAACGAAGCUGGAAUCCGAUGAGCUGACCGCAACGACGGCUGCGACAACGACGGUUGGUCAACGGAAAUCACUCAACCAAGGUAGUCCCGUGGUGGUAACCAAUGAACCUGGGAGCAUGUUUACCGGUAGCAGUCUUGCCUCGUCCUCAGUCUCGGAGAAGGUGCUCGAGAAGCUGCUCACCAAGACCGGGGCGCACCAUUUGCUGCUGAAAAAGAAGCGCAAGAAACCGAACCGAACCGGGUUCCCGACGGUGAAGAAGAAGAAAAAGAAGGCUGGUGAAUAUUGCGGUACGGCACUGGGGCUCGCGAUCGAACUGAAACCUGAGGUCGGUCCGGAACUGUUCGAUUCGUCGAAUCUAACACGCCAUGUACCCACGGAAGCGGAGCGGUCACGGCUAAAGGAGAAAUCCGAGCGGCAACAAUCUGCCAGUUGUGAUCGUGUGCCCAAGGAUGGUGAACCAACGAAUAGCUUCAUUGAGCGGCAUACCGGUGCAGGUCGGCCAAGGCUUUCCGUGGUCAGUCUUGAGAAACUCCAGGGUAAGCUACCACUUGGCGGUCACCGGGAAGUGGCUACCACCCCUCCGGCCACGGGUGGACGAGGUAGAAAGUCGCACGUCAUAAAUCCGCUAGCGACAACGACGGACCAUCUGCAGCUAGCGCAGCAUCGAUCGCUGGAUAGGAUGCGAAAGGAUGGCGGUGGUUCACCGAUGGGCAGUGGUCCUGGACGGAAGAGUAAAGUGAAGCUGAGCGACUCGAGCGAGGCUGGAAAAGGAAAAUCAUCACGAUCAUCAGCGAUCGUAGGUCGCGCUUCACCUUUGAAAGCGGAUAGUCCGAUUGCUCGCCCGGUAGAACGCUAUGGCAAGGAGGGUAGAAGCCGUAGCAAGAGUGUUUGUGCUUCGGCCUUGGUAGCGGCGUCCGCAUCGGAGGAUCUUCCAAAUAUUGUAAAAUUGGGCGAAAAUCUGGCCAAAAAUGCGGCCAAGGAGAACAAGGAAAAUAAUAAGCUCCUGCAUAGCUCCACAAGUGGCAAGAGAUCGUCUAGUAAGGAAGUGACCUCCGAGACGGUCACGCAUGGGGAAGACCCGGUGGCAGUGACGGCAACAACGACGUCGUCGGCUUCGGGUGUCAUUCGUCGUACUCGCAGCUCUUCGAUCGCACUGGAUCCAUCGGAACUGGUCGGUCGGUUGCCAGGAUUUGAGGAUCCACUGAUCCCAGAUCGGAAGCUGUCUCGUUCCUCGGCCGCCAGUUCGUCCAUAUUCCCGGCGCAUCACAACGAAGAUUCUACGUCGUUGGAUUCGAUGCCACUGCUGAAGCGGGUGCAUUCACGAUCCAUCUCACGGUUGCAGUCAGUCAUUACACCGUCAUCCGUCGUCAUCGAACCUUUGGUCACUGUACCAAAACCACCAGGACGCCCACGGGGACGCCCUCGGACGACAUCUCCGAUAUCUGGCACGGAAAUACCGAAACCAGCUCAGCCAACCACGGGAGGAGGCAAUGGGCGAGGACGUCCACGUACGGCACUCGCAAUCACCAACGGGAAGGGAGGACGUAACUGUCUCUCACCACUUGCAUCACCGCCCAUGAGCCCUUCUGUUGGUAGUGGUGGUCCGCCGGGAAGGAAGAAGUUGCGCCGUGAUGGUCAUAAGUCCGUUCCGGUGACUGAUGGUGAGCCAGCGGAAACGAUAGAGAGCGCACGAUUGGUAUCUCCGACGGCGGCCAUACCACGAGCUUCGGGAACAAAGUCGACCAUCCCGGUCACUCCAACGAGCAAUGUCGGCACUUGUAUCGUCGUGACACCACGACUGAAACGCGGCAAAAGCGACGAAACGUUGCGUGAACAGAAGUUGGAGCGAGCGACCAAGAAGGCCAGGAAAGAUGCUGCCACCGUUGAGUCGUCCACUGGUGAAUCGAUCGUAGAGCCCAGUGCAACGGUAACCCGCGGUAACGAGAAACGCACAGUCGCUUCACCGCCAAUCGUAGAACCCAUUGACCCGGAAGAGACGGCUCAUGCCGUUCAACCGACGAGCACGGCCGAAGAGGCAGAACACGAUCCACUGCCGCUGGAGGAGGGCCCGAGUGAUUUCUUGCGACUGCUGGAAACGCCUUCACCUUCGUCGUGUCCCGAAUCGCAACGUGACAUCGCCCGGGGAGCUGGCGGAGGAGCGGGAGGAGGAAGUGGAGCUAAUACCAGUCGUAAGUUGCCCCGAAAGAAGUACAUAACGGCCGGUUUGUUCUCCGAUUGCUACAAGGAUGACGGCACGGGUGGUGGUGAUCAUCAUGGACGGUCGGGUCCUAAAGUGGCUCCGGAAACGUUGCUUCCACCUCCGGCCUACUGUGAGCGGUUCUUACGCCAGACGAUACGUGACUUUCAGUUGCCGCACGAUCUGUGGUGGCUCCACGAGAACGGAAAGCUCCCGGGGAGGAAUGCGGUGCCGAGCUGGAACUAUCGGAAGAUUCGCACGAACGUGUACUACGACGUGAAGCCAAACCCGUCGUCGGAUAAUCCACAGUGUAACUGUCGACCGGACAGUGGUUGCCAGGACGAUUGCCUCAACCGGAUGGUGUACACCGAGUGCGUACCGGAGCACUGUCCGUGCGGAGACCGGUGUCAGAACACGAGCAUUCAGCGGCACGAGUAUGCACCGGGGUUGGAGCGGUUCAUGACGGAAGAGAAAGGGUGGGGCAUCCGGUCGCGGGAUCCGAUCCGUAAGGGAACCUUCAUCAUGGAGUACCUCGGCGAGGUGGUCACCGAGAAGGAGUUCAAGGAGCGGAUGCGCACACUCUACCUGAACGAUACGCAUCAUUACUGUCUCAAUCUCGAUGGUGGCCUAGUGAUCGAUGGGCACCGGAUGGGCAGCGAUUGCCGGUUCGUGAACCAUUCGUGCGCACCGAACUGUGAAAUGCAAAAGUGGUCCGUCAAUGGGCUGUUCCGGAUGGCCCUGUUUGCCUCGCGGGACAUUUCGCCUUGCGAGGAGCUGAGCUACGAUUACAACUUUAGCCUGUUCAAUCCUUCCGAGGGACAACCGUGUCGCUGCGGAUCAGAUGUAUGUCGUGGUGUAAUCGGGGGAAAAUCGCAACGUAUCAAACCGAUGCCACUGGGGUCUUCGUCAGGAUCGGUUUCGGGCACAGGAUCCACGGGCGCAUCUGGUGGUGGUGCCGAUGGACGGAGAGAUGGUGGUGAUGGUGAAAGCUUUCCACACGGCCCUGGCGAUGGUCAGAACGGUGGUGGAUCUGGUAGCGUCAGUGGCGGAGCGCUCGUCGUCGAACUGAGUCCUCGUAGCGCCGCACGAUCGCGCAAACGACAAGCGAAGAAGAACCAACCGAUCACGCAUCUCAAUGGCACUCCAAUUCCAACGUUUCACCCUCCAACGGCCAAAGAACGUAGUCUUAUCGUAGAGCAUCACUGCUUUUUGCUACGCAAUCUCAACAAGAUCCGCAAGCAGAAGGAGCGAUCGGCGGCUGCCCUGGUCUCAUCGGCGGCCACGCUGGCCACGGGAGGUGGACUAACGGCACAAGAAGCUGGAGGAGCAGCAGCACCUAACGCCGAAGCCGGUGCGAAACCCUCGCUUGCCUCUCAGAUCUCUGCCCUACGCUACCCACGUAACAUUCGUACCCGUGGGUUAGCUUUCGUCGAGGAUGAUCCGGAGCUUGAGAAGACGGCACGGAUUGCGGUCGCCUUGAAGGAGAUCUGCGUCGAGAUCGCAACACUGAAAGAUGAAAAAGGACAUCCGUUUAUUGCCAAGUUGCAGCUACCAUCGAAAAAGAAGACUCCACUCUACUACGAACGCAUCCCGAAGCCGAUCGAUUUGGCACAGAUCGAAUCGAACAUCGAACAGGGUGCCUAUCGUAGACCGAGAGCUUUCGAGGAAGAUCUUCUGAUCAUGCUGAGCAAUGCGAUCAAGUACUACGGUAUUAGCUCACCGGAGGGAAUUGCUUCGGAAGCCUUGAAAUCGCACUACUACACUUGCAAGCAGCAACAGGUACCCAAACUGCAGGCGUAUAUCGGUGAAGACAACGAGAUCCUGCAGGGUUUUGUGCCCAAGAAGGAACCGGAGGAGGGACAGGCAGGUGUUGCGGGUCCAAAAUCGAAGCGAGGUCGCAGACAGGAGCAACCGGAAGACAUCAUACGCUGUAUCUGUGGGUUGUUCAAGGAUGAAGGGCUGAUGAUCCAGUGUUCCAAGUGUCUCGUGUGGCAGCAUAUCGAGUGCACGAAGGCUGAUCCGGCGGUGGAGAACUAUCUUUGCGAAAAGUGUGAACCCCGGACGGUCAACUAUGAGAUCCCGUUGAACGAGUACACGGAAGAAGGCUACCAGUACUACAUAUCGCUGAUGAGGGGCAGCCUGCAGAUACGGCAGACCGAUACGGUGUACGUGCUGCGCGACAUACCGAUGGAACCGGAUCCGGACAACCCGGAUGCUCCGGUCCGGAAGCACACGUACGAGACGAUCGGUAAGAUCGAGUACAGUGAGUGCGAUAUCUUCCGAGUGGAGAGCCUAUGGAAGGAUAAGGAGGGACGCCGGUUUGUGUACGGGCAUCACUAUUUGCGGCCACACGAAACGUAUCACGAACCGACGCGUCGAUUCUACCCGAACGAGGUGAUGCGCGUCCCACUGUACGAAGUCAUUCCGAUCGAGCUGGUCGUUGAUCGGUGCUGGGUGCUCGAUCCGAUCACUUUCUGCAAGGGACGCCCAGUCGAUAGUUCCGAACCGCACGUGUACAUCUGUGAGCUGCGAGUUGACAAGAGUGCGCGUCUGUUUUCGAAGAUCUCCCGUCACUCCCAUCCGGUGUGCAUGAAAUCGUAUGCUUUCCACAAAUUUGAACAGAAGCUCAAAAUCGCGAAAACAUUUGCUCCACACGAUCUCGGUUCGCUAGCUCAUCUGCUGUCGAUCCGGGACAAGCAGAAGAAGGGCUCGAAGAAAGACGAAGGCAGCAACAGUGGACAGGCUGGUGCGGUUGGACUGGGAGGAGCAGGAGGAAUCGGUGUCGGUGGUCACUGUGGUGGCACUAGCAGUGGAGGAUCGAAGAAAAUGACUCCCAUCGUACAGCUAUUGCCUCCUCCACCAAAGACUGAAUUGAACACAGAACGAGCCCUUGCACCUCUGCUUCCGGAGGUUAAGGUGAAGUCUACAAAAACGCUGGCAGAGAAGCGCAAUCGGCUGGAACAGGUGCUAUCCCGGUUGAUGCAUAAGCUAAGCCUCGAACCGAACGCCGUGCCGGUGGUGGACAUUUCCUACUUGCUCACGGGGCGCGGUGCUCGUCUCCGACGGACCAACAACUCGACCCCAGUCCCGGUUAUUUGAGAGUGGGUUCGCAAGAGGAAGAAACGUCGACGCAAAUGGAAACGGUGCUACGAUUGAACACCAUCAUCGGCAUCGCGAUCAACAUCGGCUAUUGCGUUUCUUUCUCGAGUUCCUACUGUGGCACAAUGGAUUCCGAGCCACUUCAUGGGCAUAUGACAGAGGCUACAAUUGUUAUGCCACAUUCCAAUUGGUCGAUCGGAAGCCGCCGCAUCGAAUGUAUAGCGGAAGAAGGUAAGCCAAAUGGAUGGCUCCGUGCAUUGUGCAGUUGAUGACAGGAUAAUUCAUCCUACUGGCAAACGUGAAAGCGUUCGACACGAUUCACAUGAACCGAUGAUAUUUUCUGGUAUUUAUUGUUUACUACACUUUUAAGCUACUGAUUGCUCUACAAAUGAUGAACGGAAAACAGCUAAGCAAAUGAUUAAAGUGUUGAUGCUCAAUCGAGCAGGUCUUACACUUUGUAAAACUCUAGAGCGCGAAUGUUAAUGUAUUUUAUCUGUUUAUAAUUGAGUCAUAGUGGAGCGCCACAUGUUUUUAUUCUGUUUGAAUAACAUUAUAAUACUUGUAAAGAGGGCUUUUUGUUGAUUCAUACUCACGCACGCACCACUCUUUGUAGUACCUUUCUUUUUUUUUUACACAAUUUUGUUAGAAAGUUAUUCGCUAUUUAUUACCUGUUAGUGGUUCAAGUUAUUAAACUGUAUAUUAUACAUACAUAGCGAUAAACAGUGACUAUGAUUUCGCAUGACUUUCACAGCGGCAUACAAUCCAGCUAGAGAGCCCUUUUAUUUCCAUUUGUUUUAAAUUUUGCUCUCGACUCAGACCGAGUAGCCGAUAACCUGAACCUGUUCGAAUGUUAUUUAUUUAUCUUUCGUUUGCUGCCACCUAAUAAUUGGCCUGGAUGAAGCUUUUCCCUCACGUAAUACGUAAUGACGCCCAAAAAUGAGGAAAAAAAAUCGCGAAAGCAAAAAUUUUAGGUUGUAGCCGACAGUGGCCAUUUAAAAAAAAAUAAAUCAAAGCGCUUAGCCCAACACAGCCUAGCCGCAGUAGGGGGCAUUCCUUGCAAAUGAGCAAUUAGGAGGUCGAUUUCUAUACCCUUCCCUUUUCCUUUUUUUUUUGCUAUAAUAUAAGCCUCAUCCUUGAGUUUAAUCUCACGCACCUUCAAAUCACACCCAACCUAAAUGGACUGGAAUAGUUGGUAAGGCUUUUACACUGUAGCUUACGGUAGAUAGAAAGGAUUAGUACAGGAUAAGAGAUAGUCAUGAAGUGAACGGGAGUAGACGGUCGGAAUGCCAAGCGUAGCUUGUUACGCAUUAACGCAAAUAGCAAUGUAAUAACUUAUCUAUGAGACGAGCACGAAUGCAGCUAUAUUAGGCUUUCGGAGAGGCGAGGUCCUACGCAGAAGCGGAUUCAUUUUGCAAGCAGAAGCAAGAGAGUCAAUAAGAUGCAGUAAAAACGAACGCUUUAAUAGGAAUUUCAAAAUUUGGUGCACAGCAGAGAGAAGAGGGGACAAGGUCAGGUAGGUUCGACAUAGCGUCGAUGGACGCUGUUAACGGGAGAGAUUAUUGUACAUAAAAUGAUAUUCAUAAGAUGGAGGAGACCAUUCAUAUUGACUCCGACAUUCGCCAACAAAUGAGCGUGCACUAGGCAAGAAUAUGGAAGACGAUGGUGCUAGUAGGACGAUGACGGUGGGUGGAUUCAGUUUAGCCAUUCAAAAACACAUUAUAACACACACAGAUUGUAACAGACAAGGAAAUCAUACAAACAAAUAAACAAAU